AUGGCUGCGUUUGAUACUCCUUGGUUGGAUCAAAUGUCUGGUACUCCAAGUUCAAGAAAAGAUGACCAUGGCGGAUCCUUAACUCCUACUGAUCCGAACCCCCCGACAAUAGCUGCAUUCUCUCCAGUCACUCUAUCCCAUGCCUCAUCUGCCAACAAACAGAGGUCUACUAUACUCGUUCAUCAGAAGUCCCCCUUGUUACUAGCGACCCCUCCGCAGAUCACGAGAGCUUUAGCAUAUUCGCAUCCUUUCCUGUUGCCUCUCAACAAGCUUACAGGAUUAAUAACAUGGACGAGUGGAGAUCCUUGGGAGAGCUUCCUGCUCGUGGCUAGUUUUUGGGCAUUUGUUCUAUAUGGGGAUGUUGUAAUGCGAUUUGCUGGACCUUUGGUGGUGGUUAUUGGUUUAAUACUGGGAAUGUACUCGAGACGAUAUUCCCCUUUAUCAUCAACAACCUGGACGGGAGAGAAGCAAAAAAAGGGCCACAAAAGAGUCGACUCGGAGAUUACGAAUACUAAGCACCAGAAGACGUUGGACGAAAUUGUAGAGACUUUGAAGAUAUUUACAUCAAGAUGCAAUGUACUUUUGGAUCCCCUAUUACAAUUGACGGAUUUCCUAUCGACUCAAAGAACAGCAACUUCUGCUACGACUCGACCAGCACUUACCACACUUUUGAUCCGAAUCCUUCUUGUCACACCCAUAUGGAUAAUCUUGACCCUCCCUCCUCUACAAGUCAUCACCACAAAACGAAUCGCUUUAGUAACGGGGACAAUUUUCUUGACUUGGCAUUCACGACCGAAUCGAAUAGCCAGAACGAUAUUAUGGAGAUCAUCUCUCGUUCGUCGCACAUGUACUGUCAUGACUGGCCUACAUUUGACAGAUGAGCUAUUCCCGACUGUAAAUGGGACCAAUGGUAAACCUCCUCUACCACCCCGCACAGAUUCUUCAUACGCAGAUGCAUCGCUUGCAGCAAAUGCAGCCACAAAAAGGAGACCGGAAGCACCAGGGGUAAAAUUCACAUUCAUUUUAUAUGAAAAUCAACGUAGAUGGGUUGGACUAGGCUGGACAACUUCACUUUUUGCAUAUGAAAGAUCUGCGUGGACAGACGAACACCUCAAUGCUGUUCCUCCGAGAGAAGAUUUUGAACUGCCAGAUGUAGAGGGUGGUGGCGCGAGAUGGAGAUGGGUAGAAGGUAGUCGCUGGCGUGUUGAAGGGGCCGCCGAACAAGACGAGGGUGGAUCGAAACCAAAGGCCGAGAGCGAUGGAGGAACAGGGUGGAUAUAUUAUGACAACAAAUGGCAAAAUGGACGUCGUGGCCAAGACGGAUGGGGAAGAUAUACCCGCCGCAGAAAAUGGUACCGUGACGCUGAGCUCGUCGAAAUAACAUCUAGUACCGAAAUAACGCCGUCGCCAACCCCUACUCAAGCAUCCCCAAGUCUCGAUUCAAACUCUGCUCACACACGACUCUCUUCAGUCUCAGCUUCCAGAUCGAGGAGUCCACCUCCAGAAUACUCGGAUCGUGACGAUUCUAGCCUGAAGAGUAAUAGAAGUUCACGAUUCAGUAGCAAGAAAAGCAGUUUGAAGAAGGAAAAGCUGGGCAAGGGGAGUAGGAAGAGUAGUAUGAGUCUGCAAUCGGAUGAGGAUGAUGAGAGGCCAUUUACGAGACCGAGCACAACUGAUUGGGGGAUUAGUGAUGAUGCCAGGAUGGGGUUGGAGUAG